AUGGCAGACUUGGUUCCUCCCACUGCGCGAAUCUUUUGUGGAGUAAUGGGAAACGGAGACAAGGGGGCUCUAGAAGACAUGUUCCGCAAUGGUCUUCCCGUGGAUGAUGUUCACAAGUUGAACCCCAAUGACGCCGACACCGAAGAGCUCAGCAAAAUUUUUGGAAUGUUUGCUGACUGGAAAACAUCGCUGCUGGCGGCCGCAGUGUUGGGACAGAGCGCAGUGGCAGUGGAGGUUCUGCUGGCUCAUGGUGCACAAGUCAAUACCUUACAACGCCCGAAGAGCAAAUACCUGUACGCAGGUAACAUGCUGCUCACUGCGCUCGCUGCUGGUGUCAUAAGGCGAAAUUUUCCCCUGCUCACUGAGCUCUUGUACAGGGGAGCGGAUCCUUUUGACAAUGGUGCCAUUUACGUCGCUACUGUGUACGGACUGGAAGACAUCAUCAAAUUGCUUCUUCUUAGAUUCAAGCAUCGAUACCCUCAUGGAGUCAAAACGUUUGGCUCAAAUGCGCUCUGCUGGGCGAUCGCUUCCGGGAGUCUGCCACUUGUUCAGUUGCUUGUCAAAGAUGUCGACAUAAGCGGCAUAGUGGACCGGUGGAUUCCAUCUAGCGCUAGGCCGCAGAUGUUGCAUGUUUUGUUACCGCGUAUCAAGGAUUUUGACGAUGUAGUCGUAUUUGAAAACAUGCAUGGUUGGUUGAACGGGCUUCUCUAUGCCAUCAGCCUCCGCUCGCUGGAUACAGUUCGUCUUCUGGCCGAAGCUGGCGCCGACAUACACUUCCCAGCCCGGCGCAUUAUCAGACGAACAGCCCUUCAAUUCGCAACAGAGCUUGGCAACAAAGAGAUUGUGAAGUAUCUAUUGGGGAAAGGUUUAGCAGCCAUUAAAGGAUAUGUUGGACUGGCAUCAAUUUUGACGGAUGCAGGAGCCCACGUCAAUGCCGAGCCCGGUUUGCUGUAUGGCAGAACAGCUUUCGAAGGCGCCACAGAGCAUGGACGUAUAGAGAUGAUGGUCUUUCUUGUUCAAAAUGGCGCGGACCUUCUCUGGAACAAUAGACAGCAGCAUCGACGUGCUGUUCAGUUUGCCAGAGAAAACAAUCAACAUGCUGCAAUACAGCUCGCAGAUGAGCUGCUUGAGAAGGUUCUGGCAAGUCAGGCAACUGAUUUCAGAGCAGAUGGAAGUGAGUGGAACAUGACUGAAUUUGGAGAACUUGUGGAUUUUGAUUUUUAG